UGCGGCUAAAACAAGCUAAUAUGGCUACUUCUGGUUAGCUAGUGACACUGCUUUGUGAUGUAAACAGUAGUAGCAGUUGAUACCGUUAAAUAAAGGAUUAAGCACCCCACUAAAAGAAACAUCUGUCUCAUUGAUGCCAGCAGGACACCCUAAUUUACACCAGUAGACUGUGCAUCAUGUCUAUUGACUUUGACAGCGCUGCUCUUCAAACACAGCAUGAUGAAGAAGAAUACGACCAGGAAGACUAUGCAAGAGAGCAAGAGCUGCAGAAGCUGCUCACAGACCUGCCUGAUGACAUGCUGGAGGACAGUCGGGACUCCUCCUCCCCAGAGCUGGAGUACUCUCCCUGCAGCAAUAAAAAACCUGGCAACAGCCCACAGUCCACGUGGACUCAGCAAUGGUCAGCUCAUCCAAAGCCAGCCUCUCAUGAACAGAACUAUGAGGUUGACUAUGAUCAACACCCUCAUGAUGAGUACAGUUAUGAGGAUGGAGCUGCUCAGAUCAAUGGACAUCGGAGUCACCCCCAGAGUCAGCCUCUGCCUCAUGCGUGGAACCAGCAAUCACAGGACCAUCAGUUCACCCAGGAUGAUUAUACAUACACCAGCAUGGGCACUGAAAAAUCAACAGAGACCUGUGAUUUCUCCACGGACGAGUAUGAGACUAAGCAAUGCCUGCAAGACGCUAAUAAUGGUGUAGUGUACAAUGGAGACGGAGGACGCAGAGACAACCAAAACUACGGGGACCACAACGGUGCCAGCAACCAUUUUCAAUCUGUACAGGGGAACAGGGUAAUAGAUCAGUACAAGGCCAGCUACAAUCCUCAUCAGCCAAAGAUGUUUAACCCACAUGCUGUUCACCAAGGUCAGCUGGACCAUUUGCAAAGAGAAUUCCUUGACUCCACACAACAAACAGCAGAUAGGGAGCAGAUUGCCCAGCUGCAGAUUUUAAACAAGGCUCAGCAGAGGCAGAUUGAAGACUUGGAGCGAAAACUGGAGGAUUCAAGGCGGAAUAUGAGAUAUGUUGAGCAUCAGUUAGCCAUCGCCAAAGUAGAUGAAAAAGAUGGCCUAGCAGUAAGUCUAAAGGAAGCAAGUCGAUUGGUUGAAGAGGCCAAGGAGAGAGAGGUUCAAAUGCAAAACAAACUGAAGGCAAUGGAGCAGCAAAUAAAGGUCCUUAUGGAGAGAGACCAUGAGAACAUGAAGAGGCAGAGGGUGGCAGAGGCUGCCAUGGAUAGCAUGAAGGGGCAGAUGUUGGAGCUUUGUCGCUCUGACACCCUGUCCAGAGCACGGGAGCAGCAUGACAGAGACCUCACUGUCAUGAAGGAGCAGCAUGAUGCUGCGCUGUUGACACUACAGCUGAAAUUGGACUCCAACUCUCAGGCUCUGAAUGAACAGAUUGAUGUUUGUCAAGGGUUACGGGAGCAGGUGAAGCAGCUAGAGCGCCAGAGAGAAGAAGAGCAACUUGAGAGAGCCAGAGUCAUCAAUGCCCUUACUCAGCGUCUGGAGGAGAGUCAACAACAGUGUGCCAAGCUGCUGCACACAAGUUCAGUGCAGGAGACGACUCAGAUGCAAAUCAAACUACAGCAGGCUCAGUCAGCCAAGGCACUGAGCGAAAACAUGAACAAAGUCUUACAGGAGGAUCUAGCUGAUUUGAAGGAGCAGAUCACCCUGUAUGAAUCUGCUGUGAAACAUGGUGUUGUUGCAUUAGACCUGAGCAGUGAUUGGGAGAACCAGCUGUCCGAAUCCUGCGUGGAUUUAGGAUUAAAGAAAACAAAUCGGAAAAACGGCCUGCAUCACAGUACUGCCCUGGCUCACCUGUCAGACUCCAAACUGCCCAAAGAUGAAGCAAUGCGUUUGCUGCGAGUGGAGAUGCAGCGCUGUCUGUGUAGUCUGAAGGGGAAGCGGCAGAAGAUCAGUCAGCUGCAGGAGGAGCUCCAGCUCUGUCAGGGUCGAGUGAAUGAGCUGCAGACCAAGUUAGAUGAUGCCAAGCUCAGCUCUUCGGUCAGAGAGUCCAGCCAGAUGAAACAUCUAGACAUCACUGGAGAAUCUCAGAAAGAGUUCAUUAGACUACAGGAAGACAAACAACACUUGCAGGGACAAGUGGAGUUGUUAGAAAAGAAGAAUAAGGAACUGAAACAGAGUGAGGAGAAGGUGAGGUCUGCAAACGGGGAGCUUUGCAGCAAGAUGAGGGAGAUGAUCCAGGAACUGGACAAAGAGAAGCAGGAGGCAUCUGAGAGAUCUGAGCGUAUACAUCAGCAGUACAGGGACGACGUGGUGAACCAGAUCCGAACAGAGCUCAUGCUGGAACAUGACGCUCACGUUGAACAGCUGACUGAACAGCACCAGCAGCAGCUCCAGCAGUUACAGACCCAGCUGUUUGAAGCCAAUGAUAAGAUGUUGGCCGUGCAAGAGUGUUACUUAUCGGUCUGCAAGGAGAAGGACUCGCUGGAAGAACACAUGCGCAACAGGGAGAAGGAGGAGGCUUUGAUCAGAGACAAUGAGCAAAAUAUGAGUAAGGAGAGUGAUACAGCUAUGGAGAAGCUGAGGGCUGAACUUGAGGCUCAGCAUCAGACCUCCAUAAACCAGCUCAAAGCUCUCUGGUCCAAAGAAAAAGAGACAGAGAUCCAGCUGCAAGUGGACGCUCAAGUCGCCUCGGCCAAGGCUGCUUGGAAAGAGGAACUACAUAAGAUGGAGAAGACUUGGGUCCAGAGGCUGGAGGUUGCUACAAGAGAGACUGCUGAGGCAUCCUGUCAGGCAGAUGACAUUGAGGCCAGCAGUGGGACGAUUACUGUUGAGGAGCUUGACUCCAGGCUCAGUGCCCAGAAACAGCAGCUGCAGAUGGAAGCUGACAAGGUCAAACGCAAAGCUGUGGAAGAAGCCAGGAAACGGAUCCAGAAAGAGCUGCAUGAGAAACACCUCGAAGACAUGGCCAAACAAGUCGAAGGUGCAGUAACGAGGGCCUAUAAUCGCUGGAUUGAAGAUUUGACCUCAUUACCGGAAUACCAAGCCUCUCUCCAAACAGAAAGGGAGAAAUGGGAAGAACUACAAGAAAAACAGACAGAACAACGGGUGUCCCAGGCCCUGAGGGAGGCAGAGGGGCAGUGGCAUAAGCAGCAAAAGAACCAGCUUGAGGAACAGAGCUCAGGAUCCCAGAGAGUGGAGGAGCUCCAAGAGGAGGUGGCAGCCCUCCAGACUCAGCUAGAGCAAGUGAGGAGAGAGCAGGCUGCCCUGCUGAAGGCUGAGCUGGCCGGAGCUAGAGCGGCCUGGAACAGAGACAAACAACAGGAGAUCUCUGCCAUCCAGGUCCGCAGUGAGCAGGUGUACCAAACCAAGCUCCAAGAGCAGCGCAGGAAGCUGGAGCAGGCUUUGCAGCAGGCCAGAGAGAACUCAGACCAUGAAAAGAAGGAGCUGCUCCUGCAGAUGGAUGCCAAACUACAACAGACUCUGGGAGUCCGAGAGGAGGAAUGGAGAUGUCAGCGUGCAGAGAAGGAGCAGGCCCAGAGACUGCAGAUGAGAGAUGAGUUACAAGCAGAGCUUCGGACUUGUCUGGCAGAGGUCCAGACACAACUUCUCAGGGAUCCCAAAACAGAUCAGCAGGGUGCUGAAGACAUCAGGAGUACCAGUGGGUCCACGUCAGAGGGCACAAUAACAGAAAUCAUCAGGACAUCUUGCAGAGAAAUAGUCAACAGAGCAGUAAAUAAAGCUAAGAAGGAAUGGAAAAAAAUAAGUGAGGAGAGACUGAGCCGUGUGUUAAAAGAAACACAGCAACAGCAUGAGAGAGAAAUGGAUAGAAUGCAAAACUCUUCCCAGCACAAGGAUCAGGCUUGUUGUAGGAAGGAGUGUGCUGAGACUGUAAGUAAGCUGCAGAAGAAGAAUCAGGAGCUCCAGAGACACUUAGAGAAAGCCUGUCGACAACUGCAGCACAGUGUUCGAGAGCACAAAACUGCCCUGCAGCAGCUGAAAGGUGAGCAUGAGAGCAGCUUACAGAAGGCAAAGGAGGAGCAUCUGCAGCAGCUAGAAGUGAAGAGGGCCAGCGAAUCCUCAGGGAGCUCUGAAAACCAGCAAAGUCUUCAGCAAGGACUCGAGGAAAUGAAGCAGCAAUACCUGGAGACUGUAGAGAAGAUCAGAGGAGACAUGCUGCGUUACCUCCAGGAGAGCCGGGAGCGCGCAGCCGAAAUGAUCCGCAAGGAGGUGCAGAGGGAAAGGCAGGACACUGCCAGAAAGAUGCGGCGCUAUUAUCUGACCUGUCUGCAGGAGUUACUGGAGGACGGAGGAAAGACUACAGGGCAAGAAGUCAUAAUUGUUCUAAACUUGUUUGCUUGCUUCAUCAUGGCUCCUCAGGCUAAUUGUAUUGCUCUUUCUCUCCUCUGCAGGGCUGAGAAGAAAAUAAUGAAUGCAGCGAGCAAGCUGGCGGCCAUGGCAAAAGUGCUGGAGACGCCUAUCAAAAGUAAAUCUGUAAAGAACUUCAGUUUACAAAGUGGUUUGCCGGCUGUGUCACCUCCAGGUGGACACGCAGGUUUCAGUGAUAAUCAAACAUCAAUGUUUCCUGAGCUUCCUGGGCUUCCUGACAUGAGGCCAGAGGAGAGAUCCAACAGGGAAAGGACUUCUGCUGAUUCAGAGCAGAAAAAAAAUGCCUCAGCAAGGACAAAACCUUUGAAUCACCAGGACGUUUCUGCGUCUGGGAAAGAGGUGUCCACAGCGGAUGCAGGGCUGAAACCCCAAUCAGCUGCUCACAAACACCUCCGCUCUUACAAACCUCCCCAAGAGAUGACUUCACCAUCCCAGGUAGAUUUUGUCAAUGUGUCUGUGAGGAGCAAAAACAGAAAUCUGUACCUGCAGGGAGUGGAUAACCAGCCCAACUCUGAGCAAAAGAACAAACCUUGCGUCAUCCAGGAGGCUCCUGUCAGAGAUGAGAAGCACACCGACUGGAGUGUGACCAGCAGUGACUCAGACACGGGCUUCCAGGUUUACAGACUCUCCUACUCGGGAAGGAAAGUCGAACCAGUUAAGCCAUUCUCUGUCUCUGCUGCCACCGACAGUGACCCGGGAGAGUUUGGUGGCCUCACCCCAGAUGUUUCUGACAUGACUGUUUAUAAUGAAAUCGCCAAGAAGACGCCUCACACCCAGACCUUGAACCAUGCAAAGAUGAGCACACACAGAGAGCCCACUCCUGGCUCUGAGGCUGAGAAGCAGCAUGGAGCUGGUUUAAGGCCUCUGUUCUCCGAGCUGAGACAGCGGCAGCAGGACAGCGGCUUUGAUAGUCCAUUCUACCAACAGAAAUGACCUGACAGUUUCAGUUCCCUCACUCAAUAGUGCCUUUAAAUGAGUGUAUAAAGUUUACAUGAUGUAGAACCGUCA